AUGCCUCUUCAAGUUAUUGGCGCGGGGUGUAAUCGAACUGGCACAUAUUCACUUCAUGCUGCUUUAGAGAUAUUAGGGUAUCAAACACACCAUGGGUACUGUCUGCUCAAAGAUCCAAAACAUCAAGACCCGAGUAUUUGGCUGAAUGCCCUCAAUACACCAGAAAAUGCCCGGGAGGGAUGGGAAAUUGCGUACCACAAUUACACUGCUGCUGUCGACUGGCCAACCGCCCCAUUUUACAAACAACUAGCAGAUCGAUACCCCAAGAGCAAGGUUAUUUUGACUACACGACCCGUCGAAAGCUGGUACUCUUCAAUGGAGAAUUCCGUUUUUCUCUUUGUCCGUUUGAGGUUUGUCAAACGUUGGCUUCCAAAGCAUAUUCAACUCUUAGACGAGCUGUACUUUCGAACCUUCCUGAACGGCGCAUUGCCAGACCCGAACGAUGAAUCACCAAUGUAUGACCGCGAGUACAUGGUGAAAUGCUACGAUGCCUACGUUUGUAAAGUCAAAGCUGACAUUCCUGAAGAUCGCCUGCUUAUCAUGUCUCCAAACGACGGAUGGGAGCCACUAUGUGCAUUUUUAGAAAAGCCUAUACCGGAUGUACCAUUUCCUAUAACAAAUUCAAGACUUAAUUUCGCCGACUUUAUCAUAAAACCAAUGCUCGAGAACCACCAAGAGAAUAUGGCUGUACGCUUUACAGCCAUGGUUCUAACCUUAUGGGGCAAAAGACCAGCUAGCCAGCAUAUUCUUAAAUCAGUAUUCGUAGCAGUCGCUAUGUGUAUAAUCUCUCAAAUUUUAUUCCCUAAUUUCGACUUAUUUUCAAUGUUAAAAGAAUACAUUAUUAUAAUGACAAAUAUAAAGUAA